GAAGCUCUACUCCCUGAUAUGGGCCAAGUCAAACCAAUGUGGCCACCUGCUAAUUCGUCUGGGCACAUUCAGCUAUUCUGGUCACCCUCUCUACAAUUGCAGCUCUGUUUUGCCUCUCUAGACACUAGAAUCCUCUCCAAACUGCUCUCAAAGAUCUUCCUAUCUGCUCCGCCCUCCUCUUUCUGUCAUUCUACUCCUUCCCUUUCUCUUGCUUCCUCAGUACCCUCUAACCCUAUCUCUGUUUUCAUAGUACUUUGUAUCAUUACUUGUCUUUCACGUCCAGCCAAUGCCCCUUUCUAUUUGAUUCAAGAGCUGGCAACUCCUGUCAAUCUCCAGUUCCUAUCUACCUCAGAAAAGUAUUGGGUCUCGCGACUGGCCUUGCUGAGAGUCGACUCGGGGCCAGGACUAGAGGUGGGCCAGCCCGGGCUACUGGUCUGCGAGAAGAAGUACGUCAAAGGUAUGAUAACCUCUCGUGAAGAGGGCGACCAGAGCAGGAAUGGGGCUAGCAAUGGUCUGCAAACUGCUCACACUAGAAAUGAACACCGCCUACACAAGACACGUACAGUCUUGAGGCUGCUGGGUAGCUUGCCCUGA